AUGUUUUCCGUAAGCAAUUUAGUGGCCGCCGUUGUGGGCCUGCUUGUUGCCAGCGUGCCUAUUAACGCACAAGUUUCUCCCGUCGUGACGGAGCAAGGCAAUGUUGCCAAUACGUUCUCCCUCAGUGAUGUUGCUCUUACGUCUAGCAGAUGGCAAGAGAAUGAAGGAAGAACUCGUACCUAUCUCAAGUUCGUUGAUGUGAACCGAAUGUUAUACGUCUUCCGAGCAAACCAUAAGCUUUCGACAAAUGGUGCAGCUCAAAACGGAGGAUGGGAUGCUCCAAAUUUCCCAUUUCGCUCUCAUAUGCAAGGUCAUCUUCUUAGUGGAUGGGCACAAUGCUGGGCUACGAACAAAGAUACAACUUGUCGAGACCGUGCGGUAGCGUUCGUUGUUGAAUUGCGAAAAUGCCAACAUAACAAUGGCGCCGCAGGCUUCACUGCUGGAUAUUUGUCAGGAUUUCCAGAAUCCGAUUUCGUUAAUCUAGAGGCAGGUACGCUUACAAAUUCGAAUGUUCCGUACUACGCGGUCCACAAGACUCUCCAAGGAGUUCUCGAUGUGUGGAGGUACACUGGAGACAGUACCGCUAAAACAGUUGCACUUGCACUUGCAGACUGGGUCGACUCUCGGACAUCCAAGUUGUCCUACGACAGAAUGCAAUCGGUGCUAAAUACUGAGUAUGGAGGAAUGAACGAGGUUCUAGCUCAGAUUUAUCUCAUGAGUGGUAGUACCAAGUACCUCAACACAGCGAAGCGAUUCGACCAUGCUGCCAAAUUCACUCCUCUUCUGAAUAAUCAGGAUACGCUCAACGGAAAUCAUGCCAAUACUAACAUUCCAAAAUGGAUUGGAGCGGCUAAAGAAUACAAAGCCACUGGGACAACUUCCUAUCUCACAAUCGCGAAAAAUGCUUGGACCAUAACUGUUAAUGCUCAUAGCUAUGCUAUUGGAGCCAAUAGUCAAGCUGAGCAUUUUAAGGCACCAAAUGCGAUUGCCGGGUAUCUUAAAGAAGACACAGCCGAAGCCUGCAAUACCUACAAUAUGCUAAAGUUGACACGAGAGCUGUGGCAAACUGAUCCUACCAAUACGGCUUAUUUUGAUUUCUAUGAACGGGCACUCAUCAAUCACUUGCUUGGAGCACAGGACCCAAGCAGUAGCCAUGGACACAUCACUUAUUUUACUUCGCUUAAUCCAGGAGGACAUCGGGGCGUAGGUCCGGCCUGGGGUGGUGGUACAUGGUCCACCGACUACAACUCUUUCUGGUGUUGCCAGGGCACAAAUAUUGAGACUCAUACGAAGUAUGCAGACUCUGUUUAUGGCUUCGAUGCGUCGACUCUUUAUAUCAACCUCUUCACCCCUGCUGUACUGAAUUGGUCAGCUCGAGGUAUCACUGUUACUCAGUCUACUACAUUCCCAGCUUCGGACACCUCCACCAUAACCAUAACAGGUGGAGGUAAUUUUGCAGUCUCCAUUCGUAUUCCAGGGUGGACAUCAGGCGCUUCCAUACUAGUCAAUGGCGCACCUGCGGGUGUCUCCGCUAAUGCUGGAUCGUAUGCCAAGAUAUCUCGCACAUGGAGUUCAGGGGAUAAAAUCGAAGUCAAAUUACCUAUGUGGUUUCGCAAAAUCGCCGCAAACGACAAUGCAAGUUUAGCAGCCAUCGCAUUUGGCCCUACCGUCCUCUGCGGAAACUAUGGCUCAUCAACACUUUCAGCUAACCCUUCGCUUUCGCUAAAUACCCUAAAGCGCUCCUCAUCGACAUCAUUAGCAUUUACGGGAACGGCAAAUGGCGCAAACGUAAACUUGGUUCCGUUUUUCAAUGGCCAGGGUUUCAACUAUGCUGUCUAUUGGGCCUCUCCAAGUCCAACAAAAAUCACUGGAUCAAAACUUUGUGCAAUUCCUUGGGCAAAUGUGCUAGGCAGGACUGGACAAGUACGAAGUGUUAAAAUUCUUUAA